CAGUUAACAGUGACAGACUGAAGGUCAUUGUUGUAUACGCCUAUGUUGGACCAAAACAGUUGUCAGUUUCAUUUCAACUCUAUUAUACACAAGAUUCUGCUUGAAAAUGAUUCGUUUAGUGUCGAUAUGUCUGCCAUGAACAGUUGGGACUUAUUCACAGACAGAUAAUUUAAGCCUAUAGCGGAACGACGCCAGUCAUAGUCACUGUGCGGUGAUAAGACAAGUUUCUCAACAUUACGGAUAUCUCUAUGUAUAAAUAAGCCCAGAUUGUCUACAAUGAUGAAUUCGAAUAAAACGUUAAAGUCAGAUCCUGGUGUGGCAGAAUUCGACCUGAGUUCGUAUGCCAACAGUUCUCAUGAGCGCGGAUUUAUCAAUAGUGCUAAAGUUGGAAUCUCAAUCUGUGUGUGGAACAUUGCUGUUAAUCUUCUCUUAAUCUUCUUCAUUCUAUGUUUUCGUAGAACUCGGAGACAAUUUGUCAUGAUUCAGAUUACUAACAUUGCCGUGAUAGAUCUCUUAACAAGUGCAUUGGUGGAUACACUGACUAUUUAUUAUGAAUUUGGACAGUGGAAGCUAGGACAAACGAUGUGCGAAGCCUGGUUAAUCCUGGAUGUGAUGUUACCUUUUGCAGCGUUUCUGGGAAUCAUGUUGCUUAAUUUUGACAGAUUGAUAUUCGCCAUGAGGCCAUCAUUCUAUUACACAUUAUUUAAUCAACUACCACAUCGCUGCAUCUAUCUGGCAAUUCCUUGGGUUUUGAGUUCUAUUAUUAUAGUUCCAAUAUGGUUAUUUUGUGAAGUCCCGGUAAACACCAUUGGGCUACAUUUUAUGUGCAUUUACGCUUUAACGGAAAGGGCCAUGGUGGCUUCGUCGGUUAUCUCCCUGUUUUUGCCUUGUAUGGGUUUAAUUGUGUUAACUGUUUUAGUGCUAGUAACCGUUGUUAGUCAAAUGCCGACCAAUCUCAACGAAUUCAGCAGCGUAACCUUCGAAGAGCAUCGCCUUAGCCAGCGUGCUCUGAGAAAGCGACAUUACAGCAUUGUUCUUGCUUUGUGCAUUGUAAGUUUUUGUGCCCUUGUGAUGCAGUUACCAUUUGGUACCAUCAGCUUGCUACAGCCACAGUGUAUUGAAGAACCAUGUACGUCCGUAUUGGAACUUUUACAAAAUUUGAGCUGGCUGAGAUCGGCAACACCCGGUGUGCGACCAAUCAUUUGGUUCUUGUUUACAGAGAUAAAAUUCUCGUGCUGUUGCUGUGUACACGCAGAAUCAGAUUCUACGGCACCAGAAGCAGUGCCAAUGACGUCAUACACUCAUCAAGAGGCGUUAACGUCUGUUAGUAAUGCUAACGGAAGUACCAUUGUUACAUGACUGGAUGAAAACGAUCAUGAAGAUACUAAAAAAAAUGGUGCUGGUAAAUUUAUUUCAUUGACGUUAGUUUAGAAUACAAAACUUAUAAAAUGUGUAUCCAAGGCAGUUAGUUUUAUGGUUGUCCUGACCGAAAAGUUUGCGACCGAAACGUGGUACAUUCAUGACCAGCCAGUGCGAAAAUGUUCACGUUCAAAGACAGGGAAACUGAUAAAAUCAGACGUCCCACUAACCUUUAUACUAGAAGUCAUAUUGAGACAACCAUACCGUUAUAUACUACAAGCACAUUUUUUUUUUGGUACUUUUAAAAUUCUGGGAACCACUUUACGCCAACAGUAAGAAUUUUAAUGCUGCAUUCAAGGCUUGAGAUUUGUGGCUAGAGAUAUAAUUUGGAGAAACCAAAAGUAUUAUAUCUAUCAUGUGGGUUAAAGGCCCUAUAUACAUUUAUAAAGGCCCUAUAUACAUUUAGGUGUUUCGUAGAAUUUGUAAUUAAUGUUGUUUUUAAUUGUUUCAAUGUGUCUUUUCAACUUGUCACUGUGUGUUUAAAUGAAAUAAAUAACAGGAACAAUUGUUGUUUUUCCUUGUUACUUGUUUCAAAAACUUCAUUAUCAAUUUUACGUUGCUAUUUUCUAUUUUCUUUCUCUCUCGAAUUGCCGAUUAUUGUUUUAAGAAUACAGAGAGGCGUUGAGUCAACUGGCGGGGUUUCGAUUCCCCGGAUGUACAUGACAGGGUGUAGGGUCGCCUGUCCAACCUCGUGGGUUUUCUCCGGGUCCUCCGGUUUCCUCCCACUGCUAAAGACCCCUGCGCGCAAGCGAAUUAUUGAAAUAAAAAAAAUAAACCAUAUGUUAGUCCCGAAAUGACCUAGUUUGUGUCGAGUGGACGUUAAACCCCAUUUCUCUUUCUAUCUCAUAGCCCGAAACCUUUGGAUAAACUUGGCAACUUGUUGGUUGAUGGCCAGUACAGAGAGUCAUAACUAUUGGACAAUAUUUAUGUUAUUUAUUUAAAAAUAAAUUGAGGGAUGACGUGCGAUUUGUCACGCGGAUUUCUUCGCUGACAUAAUUUUAGUUACUGGUACAUAUUUAUAGAAAAACUAAAUGCACUUCGUUCUUUUACCAGUCAAGCGGUGUGUCAUGAACAACUACUCAUCGAUCUUUCUAACUUUUAGACGUCAUACCCAUACGCUUUCGCUAAUAGAUGUUAUUACUACCCCACGACCUUCCUAUCUUUAGAAAAUAAUUCGGUGAAAGAUCUAGGAUUCAGUUUUAAUUUUAGCACCACGACCCAAGAAAUACUGAAGUCCUAUGUUCCAUAGAGUUGGGGUCACUCUACUAUGUUUAAAUUCAUUCUUUAUUUUAUCUAAAAAUCAAUAUUAAGUUAAGACAGGAAGCUUAGUGUCUGUGGAUCUAAACCAAGACUAUACCAUGCAAGGAACCGAAAGCUUUUAGAUCCAAUGCCCUGGUAUCCUUGAGCAAUAGCAUAAAUAACGUUCCCGAGACAUCCGUAAAUCAGACAAGUUUGAACGCCACGGUUAUGAUAUAUUUAAAAAAAUAAUCUUAACUGUAUGUGAUAAAAUAGUGAACUUGUUCAAUGUUUGAUAUCUAAUUAUUGCUAUUAUUAUAUAUGUUGUUAAUCUGUUGUAAUAUAUAUUUUGUACAUUCUUAUAUAGAGAAUCUCCUACGAAUCUUUUUUGAUAUAGAAAAAGACGAGUAGGAGAUUUUAUUUAUCCCCCAAUCCUUUGUUACAUGCACAAAUAAAUAAAUAUAAUUCUUUGCUAUAGAUUUAACUUUUACUGAACAUGAUUGCAUUACGGCGUAGUGAUGCAUCAUUUUUUGACAGCAAAUCAACCAGUGUUUCCACCAAAAAUGAACUGUUCUUUGAAAAUAAAAAAAGUAGUUUGUUUUUAACAGAUUAUGAAAUUUAUCACACAAGCGAUAUCUACUGUAGAAUGUAUUAUUGGGUGAUAAAUUUUAUUAUCUAUGUGCAUCUUAUACUAAUAUUUUUUAAAAACUAUUCACCUCAGAACCGAGGAGUGUUUAAAAAGUCAGUACGUCGUGGACCAGCAGGUGGUUGUAGCAAGACAUGAAAGCUAUAUAAAGAAACAAAUUAUAAUGAUAAACUACUCUACAUUUACGGGAUCACUCAAUUGACACAUUCUAUUUGUCUAAUGAUACACGCGUGUAACUUAUGUGAUGUGUACAGAAAUUGUGCCAUUAAUUUCGGUGGUUUUAUAACCAAUUUGUCUUCUACACUGACUUGUUCUGUACUGACCCGUCAUUUAUUACCAAAUUGACAGAAAGGUUUAAAUGGUCUCGGUAUAUGAGUUUUGCAUUUUGCAUAGGAUGACUCGGCAAACCUCAGUAGAUUCCAGUACCAAACAUCUAGCCUCGGCUGUAUGACGAAGUCCGCCAUUGGAACUACUUUCAAGUUCCCGGAUUACCAACGGCGUUGCCCAUGACGACGCCUUUGAAGAAUGUUUUAUCAUACAAAUAUUUCAAAGUCUGCAGCUAUUUUUCUUUCAAGUUUAUCCGAUUUUCUUCAAACAAGGACAACUUUGCACUGAAAAUUCUACACACUUCUUUUUAAAAGCGGCAAGUUUCCCUAAUAAGUAAACCGGUGCUGCAUCGCAAUUGUAUAGGCGUAGAUAGAUGUAGAGUAACGGAAUCUGCCGAGGUUUGCCGAGUGAGCAUAGGAUAAUACUUGAAAUAAAAUUAAUCUGACAUGGCUAAUUAAGCAGUGCACGUACGAAAUUUUAAGUAUUUUAUUUUUUAUAGAUUUGUCAUGUGUGUGAGACUGUACCAACCUUUUGUAUAAUUGUACGUGC